AGACACACUCCACCUUUUUUGCCUGGGCUCUCUCGCCCCUGUGUGUGUGUGUGUGUGUAAGUGAAUGGCCAGGCAGUGGAAAACCAGUUGGUUCGCUAACUACCGCCCAGGACGGUCGUGUUGUUGGUUCGUUCCCCGUCAAGUUGAUUUGUUUUAACUCGGCACAAUUUUUUGGUGAUUUCCAUUUUUUCUCUCUGCUCCUGUAACGGAAUACAGUGUCCAUCUCUCGGCGUGUGUCAUCCAUCAACAACAAAUUCUUCGUCUUGAAAUUAUUCAAAAGUUUCAAAAAAAAAGUGAGCGCGAAUAUUUGAAAAGAGCCAAAGAAGAAAAAGAAAAACAACUUCAGUUUUGUUUGAAAAAGUGGUUUAGUGUUUUUGUUUGGUCGACGUUUGACAUCCAUCCGCAACCCUGGAGUCGCCGUCGCCGCAUCAAAUCCGGCGGAAUUCGCCGGUGCCACAUCCGCCGCCGUCCAGCUCUGCAAACAGUUUCAUCGCCAGUCAUUUCAGCAGCAGCGGCGACUACAACAACACAAUGUCGUCGACGACGCCCAAUUCCGUCGGCGCCGGAGAUUGCGACCAGCAACAACAACAACAACAACAACAAGAUCCGUCCAAUUCAUCCGGACAGCAGCAGCAGCAGGCGGCAGCGGCUGCGGCGGCCGCCGCAUCCAAGAACGCCUUCCUGGAACUGCAACAGGCCCACCAGCACCUGGCCAGUCAGGCCGGCAUCGGUCCGCCACCUCCGCACAUGGGCGGAGGUGGCGGCGGCGGCGGAGGGGGGCCGUACGGCAUGAGCCGCAAUCCUUACGGCCAGAUGCAACAGCAGCAUCCGUCGUCCAACAGUUUGAGCGUCAACCACCAGCUGGGCGGCUACCCCUUCUCCCACAUGACGUCACAAAACUCGUACGCCGCAGCGGCGGCCGCCGCCGCCGCCGGAUACCACCACCUCAGUCCUUAUCCGUCGCAAUGUCCAUCACCUCCCAGAGACGAUAAAGAUUCACUGGAAUCGGGAAUUCGGGUCAACGGAAAGGGCAAAAAGAUGCGCAAGCCGCGGACGAUUUACUCGUCGCUCCAACUGCAGCAGCUCAACCGCCGGUUCCAGCGGACCCAAUACCUGGCCCUGCCCGAACGGGCCGAAUUGGCCGCCUCCUUGGGACUCACACAAACUCAGGUGAAAAUUUGGUUCCAGAACCGGCGGAGUAAAUACAAGAAGAUGAUGAAAGCGGCUCAACAGGUCGGCGGAGGUGGUGGCGGAUUAAACGGAAACAAUUCCGCCUCGACGCCGCAAAUGUCGCCGUCCGAAUCGGAAGGAGGAUCUCCCAGUCCGGAAUGCGGAGACGACGGAAGUCUGGGCGGUGGUGGUGGUUACUUACCGCUGGGCAUGGGCCAGCAGCAUCCGCACCAGCAACAGCAACAACAGCAACAGCAUCCGGGCGGAGGAGGAAUGAUGAACUACCACCAACAGCAACACCAGCAGUCGGCCGGGACGCCCGUCAGCGACUUGUCGCCACCUCCGCCGACGUUGCUGGGCCUGUCCGGCGGCGGCGGCGGUGGCGGAAGUCCUCCGCUCUCGUCGUCAACGGGCGGCUCCUGGAUGCACGACACCAAGCCGAGCCUCAUCCAAAUGGGCGACCCGGCGUCGGCUGCCGUCGGCCUGGCCGCCCACCACCACCACCACGUCCAUCACCAAAUCCACCACCAAAACAGUUUGCAGCAGCAAAUGGGAGCGGCGGCUGCGGCCGCAGCGGCCGCCGCCAAUUACGGAAUGCCCUACCCUUGGCAGUACGCCGCCACCAUGAACCAAGGUCUACUCACAUGAACUGAUUUUUCUUAAUUCAUUUAGACACAAAAAACAAAAUUUUUUUAAAAUUCAAUCGAGUUGAGAAAAAUUUUAAAAAUUAAAAAAGCCAAUGGAUAAAAUUUCGUUAAAUGUAAAAGAAAUUUCUUUUUUCUUCAAAAAUCUUGGAUUUAAAUUAUUUAGAAAAAAAAAAGAAAAUUAAUUUUUUUUUCGCGUUCCCUCCCCCUGGAAAACUUUUUUCAAACAAAAUUCGACAACAUUAAAUUGAUUUCUUCGACUACUUUACUAUCCCCCCCACUCCUAUAUACAUAUAAAUAUAUUUACUUUUUUUUCUCGAAUUUCUUUUCUGUGUGCGUGUCCCCCGUGUCUCCCAACUCACUUGUGUGUGUGUCAAAAACAAAAUUAUGUUUAUAUUAUUAAAACAACACAAAAACCAUUCCUCAUCAAAAUCUUUCGACCUUUGUUUUCCCCACUUUGCUCGGGUGCAAUACAAGUCCCCCACCAUGAUGUAAUUUUUACUACCAUGAAAAAAUGUGUACUUGAUAUACGUACAGGACGGACUUGAUUUCAACAUUUUUUUUUAAAUCGUAAAAAAAAAAUUAAUUAAAACCCGAGGGAAAAUUUUUAGGAAAUACUGUAAUAGUACAAUAUUAAUUUUUUUUCUUAAUUUUCAAACGACACCGGGAAACUGUUGGGAUUAAAAAAAAAAAUUAGUUGCGAAUUUUGACCUAAAUAAUUUCAAAUCUCUCCCCCCCCCAAGAAAAUUGUGUGUAAACUACAUUACGUGUAUUUCUUUUCUUCUUUUAUUUUUUGUUGUUGUUAUGAAAUUCGAAAAAAAAAACUUUUUUUUUCAAUUAAAAAAAAUCACAAAAAAAUUUUUUUUUGUUAUCAAAUUUUUUUUUCAAAAGAGAUUCAAACGAGUGAUGUGUGUAACUGUGUAUCAUAGCCGGUCCCUCCUUCAUUUUCAUCCUGUCAUUUUCUUUUGGAAAAAAAAAAAAUGUUCACGACAU